AUGGAAGGCUUACCACGUUUGCCGGGAAAUGCAUUUUGCGAUCCAACCCAAACUACUUUUCAUGUCAGUCAUACACUCGAUUUCAAAAACGGUCAUCGAGUUACGAAACGACCUGAAGUUGGACUAGGUGGCACACGUAUUAAUUAUAAUCAGAUGAGCGAAGAUGAAUUAGAACUUCUGAAAAACUAUCGUCCCGAAUUAAUUUAUGGCAAAGUUGUUGUUCAAACGCCAGAUAAAUUUGUACCGGCAACGGUAGCAUUCGAUAAGAAAGUUCUUCGUUUCUUCGGGUAUUUUAAACAAACCAUUCACGAAAGCCCAAACGAAUACUAUCGUGUACGACCAGUCAAAAUCUUAUAUUAUCUUGAAGAUGAUAGUUUAGAAAUACUUGAAGAAGUACAAGAAAAUAGUGGUAUACCACAAGGAAAAUUAAUUCGUCGUCAUCGUUUUCCAAAAAAUGAUCAAGGUGAAACAUAUAAUUUUCGCGAUAUUAAUCUCGGUCAAAAUUUAUCUAUUUACGGAAAAGUAUUUCGUAUAUGUGAUUGUGAUGCAUUUACUCGUGAAUGGCUUGAAAGUGAAGGUAUCUAUGUUAAUGAAACAGAAUUCAUUCCACGUGAUCCCUAUUUAACCAAACGAAAUCAAGCAGCGGAAAUAAAAUCAUAUAAAACAAAACCUGACUUCGAUAAACUUAAACAAUAUGUUGAAAUGGAUCGAAAAGUUUUACGUUUUUAUGCUGUUUGGAAUGAUCGUUCGCAAAUGUUCGGCGAACAAAGAGAAUUUAUCAUUCACUACUAUUUAGUCAAUGAUACAAUGGAAGUACGAGAAGUACAUAAAGCAAAUGACGGCCGAGAUCCAUUUCCUAUGCUUAUUACUCGUCAUAAAAUUCCAAAAGAUCGUUACGAUAUCAAAGGUACUUUUCCUCAUGUCUUUCUUGAAUUAACUGAAACUGAAAUAACAAAUUACUAUAAACCAUCUGACUUAAUGGUCGGAAAAACAGUCAAUAUUUAUGGUCGAAAUUUUUUUCUUUAUGAUUGUGAUAUGUUUACAAAAACGUUUUAUACAAAAAAUUUUGGUGUUAAUAAUUUUCAAUCAAUCAACAUUCAAGACCCACCUAACGAGUAUGCUAAAAUGGAAAUUCCACCAUAUAAUGGUUUUGGUUCUUUGGAAGAUUCAUUACAAAAUUGUUUACGUCUACAACCUGAACGACCGAAAAAAGAUUAUGUGAAACUAAUGGAAAAUGAUCACCGUGUACUUCGUUACGAAGCUAUUCUAGAUAGUCCACGUGAAAACGAUAAAUUACGUAAAUUCAUCAUCAGUUAUCGUCUUGGCGAUGAUACAAUCACUAUUCAUGAACCUCCACAACGCAAUACAGGCAUUAUUGGCGGACGAUUUCUCGAACGAACACGUGUAUCAAAACCAAAUUCUACACCUGAACAUCCUCAAUUUUAUGGCCCAUCUGACUUUCAUAUUGGUGCAACCAUUGAAGUAUUUCGACAACGUUUUAUUAUAUGUUCAGCUGAUUUAUUCGUAUUAAAAUACGCCGAAGAACAUCCUGAACUAUUUACUCCAGCUGUUAUCGAAUCAUUGCGACAACAUUUAGGCAAUGAAAUAGGUCGGCCCGAUGCUCGACUUACUACUAAUAUGUCCGUACAACGAAAGCCGGGUGAUUUCAUACGUUUAUAUGCUGAAGUUCGUAAUAAAUUAAAACAUAUGCGUAUAACCAAUCACGAAGAAAUUCGACAAAUGUUUUUACGUUACGAUAAAGAUCGGCAAGGUUUUAUUUCAAGAGAAAAUAUCAAUGAUAUAUUUCGACAAAUUAAUUUACCACUUGACAAUGACCUUACCGAUGCGAUGAUCGCUGAGUGUACAACGAACGAACAAGGAAAAAUAAAUUUAUACGAUUUUCUUCGUUUCUUCGAUAACUAA